GUGGAGGAGGAAGAGAGCCUAAAUGAGAGAGGUGAGAAAAGAGGGGAGGAGGCGAAGGCAGCUGUAGGAAGGGCAGGAAAUUGGGGGAGAGGAAAAAGGACUCCCUAGGCUACAGCUCCUCCCUCUCCCCAUGAUUCUGAUCCCAUCCAUAAAGUCCCUGUUCUUCACUUAGGGUUGCCAACCUCCAGGUAGGGCCUGAAGAUAUUCCAGAAUUGCAGGUGAUCUCCAGAUGACAGAGAUCAACUCCAGGUUUGGAAGUACCUGGAGAUUCGAUGGUGUAGCCUGAGAGAGGGGAGAGACCUUGGGGUGAAAAACCCAGGAAGAUGUCAGAAAAAUCUCCUCACGUCUUCCAGGCUGCAUAUGUCAAAGACUUCCUACAAAGAAGAGCAGGAGAACACAUUAAACAGGAGCCGGUUGAGGGUUCCCUUCAGCAGUGGGAAGUCCAGUGGCAGGAGUUCCUCAGGACAGUGGAUUCUCCUCAGUCUCAAUGGACGGUCCCACACUUGCCAGAGAAAACUUCACCCUGGGAGGAUGCCAAGGGCUUUCUGGCCUCCUUUGAACAAGUAGCCGAAGCCUGUCAAUGGCCAAAGGAAGAGUGGGUGACCCAACUUCUGCCAGCCCUCAGUGGAGAAGCCCAGCAGGCCUUUAUCAGUUUGGGGGCCAGGGACAGAGGGGAUUAUGGGAAAGUGAAGGCAGUCAUCUUGCAAGAGGACGCCAUCAGCAGAGAGAAGAUUCGCCAACACUUUAGGUACUUUUGCUACCAGGAGUCAGAUGGGCCAAGAGGAACGUACAACCAGCUCCAAGAACUUUGCCGUCGUUGGCUGAGGGUGGAGAAACACAGCAAGGAUCAGAUCUUGGAGCUCUUGAUCCUGGAGCAGCUUCUGAGCGUCCUGCCCCCAGAGAUCCAGAGCUGGGUGAGGGAAAGCGGUCCUGAGAGCUGCUCCCAAGCGGUGGCCCUGGCCGAGGAGUUCCUCUUGAGGCAGAGAGAGGCCAAGAGGCAGGAACAGCAGGUGCCCUUGGAGGAGGCAUCUGCUUCUGUCCCUCAGGCAGGCCAGGAUCCUCCUGAGAGUGGGCAGAGGCAAUUCUGUAUGGAAACCAAGUGGGAAGAUGAUGUGAAUAGAAGCCAACAGGAAGGAAGCAGUAUGAAAAAGACCCAGGGGCAAAGUUUUCCUCAGGAAGGCUUUGAGUCACAGGAAGCCCUUGAAAGCUCAACAGGAGGCCCACAAUGGAAUAUUUCUUUCCUGGCUGGAUUUGCUGAGGCCAAAGCCUGGAUGUCCAGAAGUGAGGGGGAGACAUACGUUACCCACAAUUCAGAACUGGUGGGACCAUGUGGGACACUGCUGUGGACAGUGAAGCAGGACACGUCUCCGGAAAUCAAUCUGGUGGAGGAAGCAGAGGAAGGACACAAGACCCCCAAGGACACUCAAGCUCAGCCCAGAAUUGAUGCUAGUAAGAACCAAAACACCUCUGGUGCUUUUGGGAAAAGCUUCAGCCAGAACCCUGGCUUUGUGAAAAUCAUUCAUCCGGGAAGAAAAGUGCAUAAAUGCUUGGUCUGUGGGAAAUGCUUUUUUUCCAACUCAAACCUUAUCGUCCACCAGAGAACCCACACGGGAGUGAAACCCUAUAAGUGUCUGGAGUGUGGAAAGAGCUUCAACCGGAGCACCAAUCUUACCACACAUCAGAGAAUCCAUACAGGGGAGAAACCAUACACGUGCCUGGAGUGUGGAAAGAGUUUCAGUCGGAACCACCAUCUCGCCUCGCAUCAAAGAAUCCACACAGGGGAGAGACCUUAUAAAUGCUCCGACUGCAGCAAGACAUUCUGUGACCAGUCAAGCUUUAUUAAGCACAAGAGAACUCACACUGGGGAAAAACCCUAUAAAUGCCUGAAGUGCGGAAAGAGCUUCGGACAGAACACAACCCUUGUUAAGCAUCAGAGAAUCCACACUGGGGCAGAAUCUCCUAUAUGAACAUUUCACCUAUUGGUAGUUGGGUUUCUGCGGCUCAGGAGUUAGUGAAAGAAGGAGGACCUUUUUGGUACUUGCCCCGCCUUUAUGGAACUAUCUGCCUAUGGUUCUAUGGCCAUUAGGGGGCUCUGGCUAUAUGUUGUAGUUUGGAUGGUUGGAAUAACACUAUGUAUUUUUAUUGUUUUGACCCACUUUGGAGAUUCUUCUGGUUUGAAAGGCAAUGUCAUAUGGAAAACAAUAAAACUUUUUAUGGGCUCAACCCUGCAAACAUCCAAAUUCACAUGGAAGAAUUUAAAAAAAAAAACC